UGUCCUGGACCAAUUACGCCCUCGCUGAGAAAGGCAAUUCAAAUGAGUGAACUUUUAGGAACAUGUGGGAUGUGUGUGUUGGCACAGUUUCUGUUUGUCUUCCUUAGACACAUGUUCUGACAUUGAGGCGAACCGCGGUAGGUGGUGCGCUCUUUUGGGAGAGCAGUGACUCAUUCAGUAUUCCUGCUCCGUCCGUUCUGCCGGCAGCUCGGCUUCAUUCUCGGAAUCACCGCCUCGCAGCGUCUGGAGACCAACUUCUGCGUCUGAUGCGCACACAGCACCUUGUCCUGGACCAGAUCCCAUCAUAUUUCCGAGGAACAGACCGGGUCUCUGUACUUCCGCGGGACAUAAACACGCGAAGCCUCGGACAGGGUGUCUCAGCCGGCACCAAAUUACAACAGGGAACUACCUCGACGUUUUUCGCUUGUUCCUCCGUUGCGCGCACACUCAUCCAGCACCGACCUCGACCAUGACUUCGGCUCUGACGCCCACUACAGCCCUCUACAUUGGGAUGGAGGCGGUGAUCGCCUUGUCCUCGGUCAUCGGGAACGUGAUGGUGGUGUGGGCCGUGCGCAUUAACAGGUCUUUAAGGGACACCACGUUUUGUUUCAUCGUCUCCCUGGCCUUGGCUGACAUUGCGGUGGGCGCGCUGGUCAUCCCCCUCGCCAUCACCAUCAGCAUCGGACUGAAGACGCACUUCUACAGCUGCCUGCUGGUCGCCUGCACGGUGCUCGUCCUCACGCAAAGUUCCAUCCUGGCACUUCUGGCAAUCGCCAUCGACCGCUACCUGAGAGUGAAAAUACCCAUGAGCUACAAGCAGGUCGUGACCCCUCGGCGAGCAGGCACGGCCGUGUUGCUGUGUUGGCUGGUGUCCAUCGUAGUGGGCCUCCUGCCUAUGUUCGGCUGGAAUAACCUGCAGCGCCUCCGGGACAACGGCUCCCUGAUCGACGAGGACCUGUUGGUGACCUGCGAGUUCGAGACGGUCAUCAGCAUGGACUACAUGGUCUACUUCAACUUCUUCGGCUGGGUGCUGCCCCCUCUGCUGCUCAUGCUGGCCAUCUACGUGGAGAUUUUCUACAUGAUCCACAAGCAGCUCAACAAGAAGGUGAGCGCGAGCCACACGGACCCCAGACGUUACUUCGGCAAGGAGCUGAAGCUGGCCAAGUCUCUCGCCCUUGUUCUUUUCCUCUUCGCAGUCAGCUGGCUUCCCCUCCACAUCCUCAACUGCGUCACCCUCUUCUGUCAGACCCCCGUCGAGCCCAAGGAUCUCAUUUACAUUGCUAUCAUCCUCAGCCACGGCAACUCAGCCGUCAACCCCAUCAUUUAUGCUUUCCGCAUCAAGAAAUUCCGCACAGCGUUCCGGAAAAUCUGGAAACAGUACUUCCUUUGUCAGGAUCCGGUCGGCCGGCUUCCUCAAAGAGGGAGCCAGAGAGGACAGAGUCAUGACAGGAGGCUUAGGCAGAUUGAUGAUGACGAUGAUGAUGUGUGAUCUCCGCCAACUAAUUGUGUUGCUGUGUAACUGUGAAUUUUCACUCAAAUGGUCCCAGAAUGGAAAAGCACUCUGACUUUGUGCUCACACUUGAGGGAAUAUCGGUAAAAAAAAAGGCCUUAAUGGCAUUGAGGGAUGUCAGAGGGAUUCAAAAGACGGGGGAGGAUUUCCUCCAUCCAUGCUUCAAGAGGACAGGGACAAAUCAGAAUGGAGUCAAUCAACAUUCUGAGUCAGUAUGAUUUAGUAAGGACGGUUUCUCCACUGGCUGAAUAAAUGAUGACAAUGUCUUACGGGAUAUGGGGCUUCUCAUGAGUGUAUUCAGUAAGUGUAUUGUAUAUCUGUAGCACAUAUGGUUCGAUAGCAGUGCAUCCUGAACUGCUCAAUAUUUCUGUACUAAAACUCUUUUCGCCUUUUUCAUGGGAUUCAUCUCACAUCGUUAAGCCUUUUAUGUUUGCUUCACAUUUGCUACUUUCUGUGGCCUUAAGGGAAGAGAAACAAAGACGAGAAGCUGGAGGAACAUUCAGCAAUUUAUUAAUAAUUGUGGGCAAACACAAAGUUGGCACAACCUGCUGUGAGAGUCACUAGGAUUCAGGGUGUAUGUUGGCUGCAUCAUGGGUUAAACUCCAAAAAUAGGACUAUUUAUUUCAGCUGCGUUAAUGGAAAAGUUAUGCAAUCACAGAAAAAUCAUACGCACAUCUAUUAAGUGUCAGGUUUGCAGAGAUUUAUUUGCAACGUUUACCAAACCUUCAUCAGGCAAAUGGUUUAGAAGCUGUCUAAAGGUGUAGCUAUUGAUUUCAUGAUAGAGACUGUGAUGUAGCUUAUUGAUGUUUGAUAUAUCCUAGUGUGUGAGAGAAACAUGAUUGCUAGUCCUGGUCUCUUACCAAAACGUUGCAAAACAAAUCUCUGCAGAAGACAUUGUGCAGAGCUUUUUUCCCCCAUAAAGUUACGCAGUUACUCCUCAGACACAUGUGGUCUGUGGAGCGUAACCACAUGUGAAGGUUUAUUUGUAUCUUUUGAAAUACUUGAUAGCUGUAGCUGAAAGAAAAAAUGCUGUGGAUAUGGACAAUGGUACAGCAUCCUAUUGUAACUCUGUCACUACACCAGUGCUGUUCAACAGAAGACUGUGAAUCUAAAGGAUGUCCCUGCAUCCAAUGAGCUUCAUUUAUGUACAUCUAUGUCACCUCUACCAGGACCUGUCCACGACACACCAGUGUGACUUUUUCAAACCUCUUCUCCGGAACUCUUUGGGAUGAAGUUGGUUUGAUGGUGUAGCUUCAGCACAUGCUCUUUUCCUACAGGGCUGAUAAUGACACAGGACUGCUGACACUGACAAUGUGCACUGUAUGUAACUAAUGUAUGUGUAAAUAGUAAUGGGACAUUUUAUACAUCUGCGUAAAAUUCACCUCACUGAGCAAACAGCUGAUUGGAUCUCAUCUGUCCUCUGACAGCUGUUGGUUGAGUGAACACACUGGGGAAUCCAGCCUCCAAGCACCGCAUUUCAUUUUUUAUGACAAUGAAAACAGUGAGCAGACGACAUGACCACAGCAUAUGGUGAGGCCUGAUUUGAAUUGUUUAUGCUGAAAGUGCAUCAGCAGGUGGAGGCAUUAAAAUCUGCCCUGUGCUUUAUGACAGUAACAGAAUCUCACUUUCCACCACUGGUGCUUCUCCUCCAUUUUAGUCGGAGCACACAUGGAUCUUCUGUCAGUCGGCAGAGAGCAGCUUCAUGCCUGAGUAAGUGUGGGGGUGAGGAGGGUGCAGGAUUCCGGGGGUGAGGGUGAACAUUAUUAUGGUCUCAAGGAAACGAGCAGUUGAGACUGAGACUGUCUAAUGAGGCCUCUGAAUGUGACCUUAUAGAUUUCUCUCGUGUGUGUUUUUUAAAACAGUAAAACGUUCAAGUGAAAUCCAUUUCGGUGGAAUCUAAUGAAAUUAGAUGAUCAGCUAUGGAUGGUGCGACGCUACUGAAUGUGCUCAUGUAGUAUUAAAAACUUUGUUAACCCAGAGAGCUUUAUUUCCUCAAAUAAAAUGUGCAACGGGGAAGUUAACACAGAAGCUCUUCACCACGAGGCUCAGCCCCCAUCUCUUUUUUAUGGACACUUGAAUGUCAGUCUGGGAUUCCACUGCCACUUUGAAUGUUGGAUGCAAAAAAAAAUGGCUCCACAACAACUACAGUGGACAGCACCAAAAAGCAUCUUCAUGUAAAAUGUAGUGAGCAAUUUUGUUUUACUCUUAAUACUGUUCUCUUUCUUUAUUAGUAAUAAAAAUACAAUAAUCUAA